CCUCAGAGUUGCUGGAUUAUUGCAGCCAGGCCCGGAGGAGACCCAGUUCUCAUUUUGAAAUCAGCUUGAAGAGCUCUUAAUCCGAGCGAGGUCGAGUUGGAGCGGGAGAGGCCUUGAAGUGUGCUGGUGGUUAUAGAUCCGGAGAGAUAAGGCUUGGACUUGGCUGGUGUCCGGAGGUGGGGGACAUUUCUUUCUGACCUUGCUGUAACCUCAGGGCCCAGUGCUUGAGUGGGGCGCCAGGUGUCUGCAAAGAUAGUUCUAGCAACUGUGGAGAUCCAGUCUUAGCCCUGCGGCUGGAAUUUCCAGGGAGGAGGGAUUUAAAAAGUUUUCUCAGAGUGGGCAGUAGACCUCAGUUGGAUUUUUCUUUUUGUCGUUAGAAAGUAGAAUAAUUGCUUUUCUUCCUUAGCGCUGGAGUCUGCUUCGGGAAGUGAGCUUUGAAUAGAGGAUGGAGUUCAUAAACACUCUUCUCUCCCUUAGACCCAGAAGGCAGUCGUCCACAGAAAGUGAAAGUGGGGGAGUGCGGUAAGGGAAGGGCCAGGCCUACUGCUACAGCCCUGGUUCCUGACUUCUGGCCUGCCCUGGAACCCUGUGCCCUGGCCUCCCAGGAUUGCCUUGUCUACUUCCUGGUUUGCAGUGGGAGAGGUCUGGGAGGGGGGAAUGUUUGGUACAAGAUUGUAACAGCUGUGUUGCAUGGUGUCCAACUGCUGGGUGGAGAAGAGCCCAUAGUUCCUGGAUCCACAGGGUGCUAGGGGCGGGUUUGGAGCUCUUACUCUUUCCCCUGCCACAGCUGCAGCUGGGAACUCGUGAAGCCACCCUGCAUGUCUCAUAUUUGGAAGCAGUUGGCUGAGUAACCAGGCUGAGCUGUGGGGUGCCCCCUCUUGCCUCCUGGGCUGGCCCAUCAGGUUGCAGGCAGGUCCCAUGUACCUGUGCCACGAAGCUGGUAUCUAGUUGAGGCUUUUUCCUUCCUUCACCUUAAGUUGUGGUGGAAAGCAGCAUUCCUCCUGCAAGAGUCUUGGAGAAUUGGGUCCCACCCACCUGAGGCUUUGCAGAAGAGAUCAAGUGCUGUAGGUAUAGCUGGGCGCCGGUGUGUUUGUGCAAGGUUUUGCCACAGUCUUGCCCCCACCCUGUGUAUUUGUGACCACUGCUGCCAGUGGGGAAUCCAGCCAUGUCAGGGCCCUUCUUAAGAGAAGGCAUUCCAUUUUGGGUGGCUCACAAGUUGAUGGUUUCUGUGUAAGCCUCUUGGCCAGUUUAGAUCCGAGUUUGCAUGGAGCUGUGGGGACCUGCUUGCCAGCAGCUGUGUGUGUGGCCAGGGCUUUGGCUCCGUUGUUUCAGUGCGUUGACCAUGUGUUCAUUUGAGGGAAUCAGUUCUCACUGCACCUCCUCUGUGUGGCCUUGAUAAUCUCCAAAAGCGCCUCACCAUCACAGGCCCCUGAGUUCUGCAGAGUCCGUUAGAAGCUAAUGAGGUGUUGGAGGCUUUCUCCAGCUGCUUGGAAAGUGUCACAAGGGCACAGUGAUGUCCGAGUGUCCUGAUCAGGUGUCUCCCCAGAGUUGGAAGUUGGGGUUCCUGACUAGUGUCUUGGCAUUUCUGGAAGAGACAUCCAGACACAGUGUGACCUGCAGAGGAGAAUCCUGGUGCCUGGGAAAGAGCGGACAUCCACAUCACAGGUGUUGCUUGGUUGGGCCCAGAAAUGGGAUGCCGAGCCUCCUCGGGGAGCACCGCAGACACAAGGGCCUCUCUGAGCCACUGCUGUGACGGCAAGUGAGCAAGCUGCCAGAGAAUGUCCACGACCACAGCGGCUGCCCCCGCGGGGAUCCCAGCGGCCCCGGGCCCUGUGAACCCGCCUCCACCCGAGGUCUCCAACCCCAGCAAGCCAGGCCGCAAGACCAACCAGCUACAGUACAUGCAGAACGUGGUAGUGAAGACGCUCUGGAAGCAUCAGUUUGCCUGGCCCUUCUACCAACCCGUGGACGCAAUCAAGCUGAACCUGCCUGAUUAUCAUAAAAUAAUAAAAAAUCCAAUGGAUAUGGGGACUAUUAAGAAGAGACUGGAGAAUAAUUAUUACUGGAGUGCCAGUGAAUGUAUGCAGGAUUUCAACACCAUGUUUACAAAUUGUUACAUUUACAACAAGCCCACAGAUGACAUAGUGCUAAUGGCCCAGGCCUUAGAGAAAAUCUUUCUGCAGAAAGUGGCUCAGAUGCCCCAGGAGGAAGUCGAAUUGUUACCCCCUGCUCCGAAGGGCAAAGGCCGGAAGCCGGCUGCAGGAACCCAGAGUGCAGGUACGCAGCAAGUGGCGGCCGUGUCCUCGGUCUCCCCAGCGGCCCCCUUCCAGAACAUGCCCCCCACUGUCUCCCAGACGCCUGUCAUUGCUGCCACCCCUGUACCAACCAUCACCGCAAACAUUACGUCGGUCCCUGUUCCCCCGGCUGCCGCACCACCUCCUCCCGCAACACCCAUCGUCCCUGUGGUCCCUCCCACGCCGCCUGUUGUCAAGAAAAAGGGCGUGAAGCGGAAAGCAGACACAACCACACCCACAACAUCUGCCAUCACUGCCAGCCGGAGCGAGUCGCCCCCACCAUUAUCGGAGCCCAAGCAGGCCAAGGUUGUAGCCCGACGGGAGAGUGGGGGCCGGCCCAUCAAGCCACCCAAGAAAGACCUGGAGGACGGCGAGGUGCCACAGCACGCGGGCAAGAAGGGCAAGCUGUCAGAGCACCUGCGACAUUGUGACAGCAUUCUCAGGGAAAUGCUGUCCAAGAAGCAUGCUGCCUAUGCCUGGCCUUUCUAUAAGCCUGUGGAUGCAGAGGCGCUGGAGCUGCACGAUUACCAUGACAUCAUCAAACACCCCAUGGACCUCAGCACCGUUAAAAGGAAGAUGGACAGCCGUGAGUACCCAGAUGCACAGGGCUUUGCUGCUGACAUCCGGUUAAUGUUCUCCAACUGUUACAAGUACAACCCUCCAGACCAUGAGGUGGUGGCCAUGGCCAGGAAGCUCCAGGAUGUGUUUGAGAUGAGGUUUGCCAAGAUGCCUGAUGAACCUGUGGAGGCACCCGCACUACCUGCACCCGCAGCCCCCAUGGUAAGCAAGGGUGCCGAGAGCAGUCGCAGCAGUGAGGAGAGUUCUUCAGACUCAGGCAGCUCAGACUCGGAGGAGGAGCGGGCUACAAGGCUGGCAGAGCUGCAGGAGCAGCUGAAGGCCGUGCAUGAGCAGCUGGCCGCCCUGUCUCAGGCCCCAGUGAACAAACCAAAGAAGAAGAAAGAGAAGAAGGAGAAGGAGAAGAAGAAGAAAGACAAGGAUAAGGACAAGGACAAGGAAAAGCACAGGGCAAAGUCUGAGGAGGAGAAGAAAGCCAAGGUGGCCCCACCUGCCAAGCAGGCCCAGCAAAAGAAGCCUCCUACCAAGAAGGCCAACAGCACGACUGCAGCCAGCAGACAGCUGAAGAAGGGUGGCAAGCAGGCAUCUGCGUCCUACGACUCAGAGGAGGAGGAGGAGGGCCUGCCCAUGAGUUACGACGAGAAGCGCCAGCUCAGCCUGGACAUCAACCGGCUGCCUGGGGAGAAGCUGGGCCGCGUGGUGCAUAUCAUCCAGUCCCGGGAGCCCUCGCUCAGGGACUCCAACCCUGAUGAGAUCGAGAUUGACUUUGAGACUCUGAAACCCACCACCUUGCGGGAACUGGAGAGAUACGUCAAGUCUUGUUUACAGAAAAAGCAGAGGAAACCAUUCUCCACAAGCGGGAAGAAGCAGGCAGCCAAGUCGAAGGAGGAGCUAGCUCAGGAAAAGAAGAAGGAGCUGGAGAAGCGGCUGCAGGACGUCAGUGGGCAGCUGAACAGCAAGAAGCCCACCAAGAAAGAGAAAUCUGGCUCAGCACCCUCUGGGGGGCCAUCGAGGCUCAGCAGCAGCAGCUCCUCCGAGUCCGCAAGUAGCAGCUCCAGUGGGUCCAGCUCUGACAGCAGUGACUCCGAGUGAACUUGGACUCAAGCAGAGCAGGACAAACAGUGCCGCCCUUGCUGAAACUCCGCAGUGUCCCCUUCUUUGGUUAAUAUACUACUUUUGUUCCAUGGUGUGCAGGUUUUCUUUUACUCAGUGUUACGAUCUCUUCCAGCUGCGCUUCAGUAGGCCGGAGAGCCGUGUGUGCAUCCGACUUGAGGAGAAGGAGGAGCUCUGCGACGGGUCGCUCAGAUGCUGACCUGACACCCACAGGGCCCCCUGCGAGCCCCAGUCCCAGGACCUGUGGAAUCCCUCUUCUCGUGCCCAGCCUGGUCUAUAACUUGGAAGGAAGCUUUUCAAGGAUAUUUCUCUGAAAUGGGUACUGUGUUUGAAAGCCGUUAGAACAUUAACCAGCAGGUGGAGUGUUUGCCGUUUGGGUCCUGACCCUCUCGUGUCUGACGCGGCCACCUUUGCAGGGGCUUUGGACGGAUGUCCCCCUUCCCAUGAGAACCAGUCGGGGCCUCAGCAGAGGGGCCAGAACGUUAGGCUUUUGGG